AUGCUGCAUAGCUUCCAGUUCAAAACAAAAAUAUCAGAAUUUAGAGAGUACCUAGUUAGCUGCACAGAUGACACAUGCAAUUGGUUUGUGAGAGCAUCUAAGUACAGAAAUCAAGAUUUAUCCAAGGUACGAAAAUGCAUUCCAAAUCACACUUGCUCUGUUGAAAUUGUUAUGGAAAACCAUAGGCAAGCAAAAAGCAUCGUAAUUGGUGAAUUAAUAAAGAAUAAGUACAAGUCAAUCAAAAGAAAUUACACUCCAAAUGAUAUCAUGAAUGAUAUGAAUGAAAACUUUGGAGUAACCAUGGGAUACACAAAAGCAUGGAGAUCAAGAGAGAAAGCUUUGCGUCUAGUAAGAGAGAACCCCAAUGAUUCAUAUCAAAAGUUGCCAAUAUAUCUUUACAUGUUGAAGCAAGCAAAUCCAGGAACAAUAACACACCUACUCACAGACAAGGAAGAUAGAUUCAAAUACCUAUACAUAGCUUUCUCUAACUCAAUCAAGGGCUGGAGAUACUUGAGGCCUAUAAUUGUUUUUGAUGGAACUUUCUUGAAAAAUGCACGUGACGACUUUGAAAAUGAUAACUCAUGGCUUUGGUUCUUCUCCAAACUGAGAGACACCUAUGGAGAACCCGAAGGAUUGGUUAUAGUUUCCGACAGACACAAGAGCAUAGACAAUGCAGUACAUAUGAUGUACCCAAAUUCUUUCCAUGGAGCUUGCAUGUUUCACUUGCUCAAUAAUUUUAAAAGCAAGUAUGGAAGUCAUGGAAAAGAGCUACAAAUGAAUUUCAUUGUAGCAGCAAAAACAUACACAAAAACAGAAUGUGAACACUACAUGAGAGGCCUUGAUAGACUUGACAGACACAUUAGACCUUAUUUAGAGAAAGCCAAGUAUGAAACUUGGGCAAGAUCAUACUCGCCAACAAAAAGAAACACCAUGAUGACAUCCAACAUCGCAGAAUCACUCAACGCUGCACUAAAAGCUGCAAGAAAUCUCCCCAUUGAUAUCUUGGUUGAAUGCCUUAUAAGUUUGGUUCAAAAGUGGGUUCGGAAUAACUCAAAUAACGAAAACAGAACAUUCACAAAAGUCUCUGCAGCAACAAAGAAUGAGUUGAGACAUGACAUUGUUUCAAAAAUGAAGUAUGAGGUCUUGCCUUUUAACACAAUAGAAUACCAAGUUUGUGAUCAAAAGGGGAUACAUUUCACAGUAAAUAUACAUAAUAGAACAUGUACUUGCAAUAGGUUUCAAGAAGAUGAAAUGCCUUGUUGA